GGAAUCAGUGGAGGAGACGGCAGCAAACAGAGAGCUGCAGAUGAGGAAACUGGAAUCAACAGUGAAAUCUCUGUCAGAGGAGCUGCUGAAGGCUAACGGGAUAAUCCAGAAACUCCAAGGAGAAGUUCGAGGACUGGUUGGAAAAGUGAAGGUGAAGAACACAGUGACUGUUUCACAGGAGAAGGUUCUACGAGAGACCGAGGCAAAGCUGCAGAGCGUUGACAAGGACCUGCAGACUGCUCAGAGGGAGGUCUGCUCUAAGGAGGAGGAGAUCAAACAACUGAAGGAGCAGUUGGAGGUGACGGUUCAGAAGCUGAAUGAAAGCAAAGAAGUAUUAAAAACCAACGAAAAUGUCAUCAACUGGCUGAACAAGCAGCUCAAUGAGGCCGAGCUGACCAGAAAGAUGGCGUCUGCUGAGGCGUCCGACGCUCACUCUGGAUUCUCCGCAUUAACAGGAAUCCGGGCCCAGUUUUAUCCUCCGCCUGGUAAAACCACAGACGUCUCUCCCACUGAGCGCGGCGCCGGGCCCACUGUCAGCAGACAGCUGUGAGUUUCUGAAUCAACGCCAUGUAUUCCGUUACUAUGAACACAUGAUGCUGCAUCAGCUGUCUGCCAGUAAUGAGGAACAGGAAUAAAGUUAAUGUUUAGCACUGAUCCUCCAUGCCUGUCAGGACCAGGGGAUUCUGCCCACCCUUAAAUCCACAGGAAGAACAAGAAGAGUGGCUGAUCCAGGUUAUCUGGAUCCUGCUGUUUGUCAUCCAGUGAUUGGAACCUCAGAUGGUUCAGUCCUCUUGGGUUAAAGCCAUGCAUGUCCGGCUGAAACUGGAUCCACCGUCUGACUGGAAGACCUGCAGCUCUGUUCCAGUCUUGGUGUCCUUGGGAAAUAAAGCUGCUGUUGGCGACCAGAGGGCCGCCAUCGAGGGACGGAUGAUGGGAUGGAGCUCUGGGUCCCUAAACUGGACUGAGGAUGAAACGUGUCCAUGAUGCCGACCAAACAUCUUCUAGCUUCAUGUUUUCCUGACGUUGCCUUCAGGGACCUGAAUGUCUGAGCAGCAGCAGCUCCGCCUCAGAUGAUGAAACAGAAGAUCAAACCCUUCAUGAGCAGUUUGGACGUUUUCUCCCAGACGGAUGGACUUCCUCUGCAAGCAUCAGAUCAUGAUCUUUGUUCUGCCUGCAUCUGGAGGACUGGAAACCAUGACAGACUCCUCCUCCUGUCAUGGCGUCUCAGCACUGCUGACUGUUAGCAGGGAGGCUAGUAUGUUAGCCUGUAGCGUUGGUGAAGCUAGUAUCUGGGCCUUUAGCGUUGGUGAUGAUGCUAGUAUCCGGGCCUGUAGCGUUGGUGAUGCUAGUAUCCGGGCCUGUAGGGUUGGUGAUGCUAGUAUCCGGGCCUGUAGCGUUGGUGAUGCUAGUAUCCGGGCCUGUAGCGUUGGUGAUGAUAGUAUCUGGGCCUUUAGCGUUGGUGAUGCUAGUAUCCGGGCCUGUAGCGUUGGUGAUGCUAGUAUCCAGGCCUGUAGCGUUGGUGAUGCUAGUAUCUGGGCCUUUAGCGUUGGUGAUGCUAGUAUCUGGGCCUUUAGCGUUGGUGAUGCUAGUAUCUGGGCCUUUAGCGUUGGUGAUGCUAGUAUCUGGGC